GUUUUGAAAAAAAUAAGUCAUGAUGGAGGCUGCGAAAGAUAACGAGGUAGGGCUGACAUGACCCCCGGUUGGUAAAUGGGCCGUGUUUGUACUGCUUGAUUAGGUUCACCAUCAGAUUGUGCUAGUGGAUCGAGGACGAUUUACAAUUGUUCGCUGAUCGAGGCUUUACGGUGCUUGCAGAUGUCAUUUGUAUGUCAAUAGAAUGUCAUGUUCACGUCAAUAUGAUCAUGUCCGGCUGAGGUUAUUGCCCAACUAAAGACGGACUUGUUUGGUAUAAGUAUCGGGUAUAGUAGCAGCAGUUGGUACUUGGAGGCCAAGAUGAAACUUAUCUACUUAUUUACUUACUUACAAUUGGCCGUACUAAGCAUGAUUCUGCUAUCAAGGAACUCGUUCGAAGAGGUUUCGGAGGAAGAAGCUCAGGUUUUUCCGGAGGAAGCUCCAGUCAUUACGGAGGAAGCUCCAGUCAUUACGGAGGAAGCUCAAGUCGUGGAGGAAGCUCCAGUCAUUAUGGAGGAAGCUCAAGUCGUGGAGGAAGCUCCAGUCAUUAUGGAGGAAGCUCCAGUCAUUAUGGAGGAAGCUCAGGUCGUUCUGGCUCAGGUACCAAAGGGUCAAGCUCCAACUACUAUACAAAGGUCCAGGGUUUGUAGUAGAGGUGGCCAGAGGUUCUAUUGUGCAACCGGUGCUUUGCUUGCUGGUGGUUACGUUGCAGGCUAUCACAACCAUCAUAAUGGAAGUUACUCUAUUGACGGUGAUUCGGCCGAUAAGCAGGAAGACAAAACCUCGAUGGGGUCUUAUUCUUUGCUUAAUGCUCAUCUUUAUUUAGGGUUCAUCUUUAUUUAG